AUGUGGUAUCCGAAGAUUGCGGCCAUCGUGGCUGCAAUGUGUUGCGGAAUGGCUACUGUGCAUGCCUCAACUUAUAAACCUGCGAGGCCCCCGGCGGUACCGAUGGCAGUGCGGACACCAUAUCUGAACUCGUGGCUACAAUGUGAGCCUGAGUGCUUGCUUCCGGAUAAUUGGCCACGACACUGGACUACACAGACUUUGGGGUGGCAGGGCCUGGUCGCAGUCGAUGGCAAGGUGUUCAACUGGAUGGGAAAGGCCUUUCAGAAUCCGGUCGUCAAGCAAGUGUCCUUGGAGUAUACGUCAACAAAGAGCAUAUUCGUCUUUGACGUGGACGGCAAAGUCAACCUUACUGUCACCUUUUUAUCUCCGGUGUUUGCAGAUGAUCUUUCCAGGCAAUCGCAGCAGUUUUCGUACAUAUCUGCAAAGGCCAAAUCUGCCGACGGAGAGACUCAUGAUGUCCGGCUAUAUAUGGAUGUUUCUGGAGAAUGGGCAAGCGGCGAUCUUUCCCAGAAGAUCACUUGGGCUCAUGACAAAACCAACAAGCUGGAUUACCAUACAUUCGAACGGACCGAGCAAGUCGAGUACGGCGAGAAUGGCGAGAUCGCAGCUUGGGGAAGAUGGUACUUUACUACUGGUUCCGACAGUGGCGCUCAGACCAACUCGUACGAAGUCACUGUUCAGGAAAACUGGCCGGUAUUUGGAUUCUCCCACGACCUUGGCAACGUUGGGAGCAGUGAUAUAGAACGGCUUUUCACGUUGGGCUUGAUUCAAGACAAUGUCAUCCACUUCGCAGGCAUCAACAAAACCCUCGAUGCCGUCCCUGGACUGUGGCAGUCUUACUUCAAUCACGAUGACCAACGGGCCAUUGACGCCUUUUACGACGAUUACCAGUAUGCAACUAGUCACAGCAGUGAACUAGAUAACAGGAUUCAGCAGGACUCGGUCAAAGUCGGCGGCCAAAAUUACGCGACUAUCACGACGCUUUCAGUUCGCCAAAGCUUUGGGGCACUUCAGUUCGGCGGUACGCCCUCAAAGCCCUACAUCUUCUUGAAAGAAAUCAGCUCCAACAGCGACAUCCAAACGGUUGAUGUCAUAUUUCCGGCAUACCCUAUUUUGCUUUACCUGAAUGCAACACUCGCAAGGUACCUGCUUGAUCCCUUGUUCGAGAACCAGCAGAGCGGAGCGUACCCGAACAAAUGGGCCGAGCACGACCUGGGAACUUUUCCUGUUGCGAAAGGUUAUCCCUCUGGCAAUGACGAGCCAAUGCCGCUGGAGGAGUGCGGAAACAUGGUCAUCAUGACGCUGGCCUACGCCGAGCGCACGGGCGACAGCAGCUAUCUCGAGAAACACUACCCGAUACUCUCGCGAUGGGCAGAGUUCCUGGUCGAGGACUCGUUAAUCCCGUCUAACCAGCUCAGCACGGACGAUUUUGCCGGUACCUUGGCAAAUCAAACAAACUUGGCCAUUAAAGGCAUCAUAGGCCUCAAGGCCAUGAGUAGAAUUGCCAAUUUAACUUCCAGCAGCGAUAACUGGGGUGCGAUCGCAGAUGAGUACCUGGAGCAAUGGAAGGUUCUAGCCAUCAACAAUGAGACCGACCUCCCGCACACGACUUUGAGCUAUGGUGACAAGAACAGCUAUGAUAAGCUCUUGGACCUCAACUUUGUCGACCAGUCGAUUUUCGACAUGCAGUCUAGAUUCUACCAAAGCAUUGCGAUGAAAUACGCCGUCCCGCUCGAUACACGCCACACCUGGACCAAGUCAGACUGGAUGAUGUUUGCGGCGGCAGUUGCCAGCCCAGACACCAAGGCACUGCUAAUUAACAAGCUCGCAGAUUGGAUCGGCAACACGACAACGAAUCGAGCCAUGACAGAUCUGUAUGAUGCGGAGACAGGUGGGUAUCCGCAGGACGGACCGACGUUUGUGGCCAGGCCUGUCGUAGGCGGGACAUUUGCGUUGUUGGCACUGCCUUCCUGAAGGGCUGAGUUGAGAGUAGGUAUGAAAGGAGCUCCGUUCUUGAUGCGUAAUAUCAAGAUGCGCUUGAUCAUGGACAGGAUGACAAGAACUGCUGGCUUGACUCACUAUACUGGGGCGUAUCUGGUAGAGUCAAGACACACGAGGAAGGGAAUUGGACAUAUGAGAUAUGUG